GCUGACGCGCGCGGCGAGUCGUGCUGACGCGCGGCGCGGCCCAGGCGGGGUGCGAGUGGCGCAGUCGGAGCCCGCUGCGGCCCUUGAGGAGGCGAGGAGGCGCCGUGGUCGGUCGAGGCGGGCGGCGCGGCGCGGCCGGGCGGCCACUCCAGGCCUUCGGGAGUCCGGAGCUCGGACGGCGGCGGCGGCUGGACCUCUCCCCUCGGAGGCGGCGGGCGGAGGCGGCGGGAGCGGUGGUGCCCCCACCCCGGGCACGGGGCCAUGUACAACGGGAUCGGGCUGCCGACGCCCCGGGGCAGCGGCACCAACGGCUACGUCCAGCGCAACUUGUCCCUGGUGCGGGGCCGCCGGGGUGAGCGGCCUGACUACAAGGGAGAGGAGGAACUGCGGCGCCUGGAGGCUGCCUUGGUGAAGCGGCCUAACCCUGACAUCCUGGACCACGAGCGCAAGCGGCGCGUGGAGCUGAGAUGCCUCGAGCUGGAGGAGAUGAUGGAAGAGCAGGGGUACGAGGAACAGCAAAUUCAGGAAAAAGUGGCUACCUUUCGACUCAUGUUGCUGGAGAAGGAUGUGAACCCUGGGGGCAAGGAGGAGACCCCUGGGCAGAGGCCAGCGGUAACUGAGACUCACCAGAUGGCAGAAUUGAAUGAGAAGAAGAACGAGAGACUCCGGGCUGCCUUUGGCAUCAGUGAUUCCUAUGUGGAUGGCAGCUCUUUUGACCCUCAGCGUCGUGCUCGAGAAGCUAAACAGGCAGCUCCUGAGCCCCCCAAACCUUACAGCCUUGUUCGGGAAUCUAGUAGUUCACGCUCACCAACUCCAAAGCAAAAGAAGAAGAAAAAGAAGAAAGAUAGAGGACGCAGGUCAGAAAGCAGCUCUCCUAGACGAGAGAGGAAGAAGAGCUCGAAGAAGAAAAAGCACAGGUCAGAAUCUGAAUCCAAGAAGCGGAAGCACAGGUCUCCCACUCCAAAGAGCAAACGUAAAUCUAAGGACAAGAAGCGGAAGCGCUCUCGAAGUACAACACCAGCCCCCAAGAGCCGCCGAGCUCACCGUUCAACCUCUGCUGAUUCGGCGUCCUCUUCUGAUACUUCCCGCAGUCGGUCUCGGAGUGCUGCAGCUAAAACACAUCCUACUGCCUUGACUGGGCGGAGCCCUUCCCCUGCCUCUCAGUGCCGAGGGGAGGGAGAUGCACCCUCCAGGGAACCAGGUACCACCAUCACAGGGCAGCCUGGCAGCCCUGAGCCCUCUGCAAAGCAGCCUGGCAGCCCUGACGAAGACAGAGACAAAAAAGAGAAAUCUGCAACUCGACCUAGUCCCUCUCCGGAAAGGAGCAGCACAGGCCCAGAACCACCUGCUCCUACUCCGCUCCUUGCUGAGCAACGUGGAGGCUCCCCACAACCCCUUGCGACAGCCCCCUUGAGUCAGGAGCCAGUGAAUCCCCCAACAGAGGCUUCCCCACCCCGGGGCCGUUCGCCACUUAAGUCUCCUGAGAAACCUCCCCAGUCUUCUUCAGAGAGCUGCCCACCGUCCCCUCAACCUACCAAAGUUUCUCGGCAUGCCAGCUCUUCCCCUGAAAGUCCUAAACCUGCACCAGCUCCUGGGUCUCGCAGAGAGAUUUCUUCCUCUCCCGUGUCUAAGAGUCGCUCCCAUGGCCGGGCAAAGCGGGAUAAGUCGCAUUCUCAUACUCCUCCUCGUAGGGUGGGCCGAUCUCGGAGCCCUGCCACUACCAAGAGGGGGCGAUCACGAUCAAGAACCCCUCCCAAGAGAGGCCACUCUCGCUCCCGGUCACCUCAGUGGCGCAGGUCCCGGUCUGCACAGAGAUGGGGAAGAUCCAGAAGUCCCCAGCGACGUGGCCGCUCUAGGUCACCGCAGCGACUAGGCUGGUCCAGGAGCAGAAAUAACCAGAGAAGAGGCAGAUCUAGGUCAGCAAGGCGAGGCAGGUCACACUCUAGAUCCUCAGCCACUAGAGGCAGGUCUCACUCUAGGACACCCGCCCGCCGGGGCAGAUCUCGCUCGAGAACACCCGCCAGGCGGAGGUCUCGCUCCCGAACACCGGCCAGGCGGAGGUCUAGGUCUAGGACCCCAGCCCGGAGGGGCAGGUCCCGUUCUCGAACACCUGCUAGGCGCAGGUCUAGAACCCGCUCACCACUACGACGGCGCUCUCGGAGUAGGUCUCCAGCCAGGAGAAGCGGCCGCUCCCGCUCGCGAACCCCAGCUAGACGAGGUCGCUCACGCUCUAGAACUCCAGCUAGGAGGAGUGGCCGCUCACGCUCUCGAACCCCAGCUAGACGGGGCGGCCGCUCACGCUCUCGAACCCCAGCUAGGAGAGGGAGAUCUCGAUCAAGGACACCCGCAAGACGAAGAUCUCGUAGUAGAAGUCUAGUCAGGCGAGGGAGAUCUCAUUCUAGAACACCCCAAAGAAGAGGCAGGUCUGGCUCAUCGUCAGAGAGGAAGAACAAAUCCAGAACAUCACAGAGGAGGAGCAGAUCCAACUCGAGUCCAGACAUGAAAAAAUCUCGGGUUUCUUCAAGACGGAGCCGCUCCCUCUCUUCACCACGGUCCAAAGCAAAAUCUCACUUGCCUUUGAGAAGGAGCCUUUCAGGGUCCUCUCCGGGCCCCAAACAAAAGUCUCAAACACCACCCAGGCGGAGUCGCUCUGGCUCAUCUCAGCUUCAAGCCAAGUCUAGAACACCAUCAAGACGCAGUCACUCUGGUUCUCCGCCUCUUAAUCAAAAAUCUAAAACACCGUCGAGACAGAGUUGUUCCAGUUCAUCUCCUCAGCCUAAAGUAAAACCUGGAACGCCACCUAGGCAAGGGUCUGUAACAAGUCCCCAAGCAAAUGAACAAUCUGUAGUAGCAGAAAGACGAAGUCAUUCUCAAUCUCCUGAGCCCGAAAUGAAAUCGAGGACUCCUCCUCCUCAACAGAGUUGCUCUGGGCCCUCUCCUCCUGGAGUGAAGUCUGGAACGCCUAGACAGAGCCCAUCCGGGUCGUCAUCUCCACAGCCCAAAAUAAAAGCAGUGACAUCGCCGACUCAUAGUGGUUCCGGCUCCUCUUCUCCAAGCCCUGGUAGGGUGACAUCUAAAACACCUCCGAGGCCAAGUCGAUCAGAGUCUCCCUGCCCUACAGUGGACUCCAAAUUGUUACAAAGACAAAGCCGUUCUCGGUCCUCCUCGCCAGAUACCAAAGUGAAGCCUGGGGUACCAUCAAGACAGGGCCACUCAGGAUCUGCUUCACCGAGCCCCAAAGUAAAGCCCCAGACACCACCUAGACAGAGUCUGUCUGGAUCAAGAUCACCGUGUUCCAGCGAGAAGUCUAAGGACUCAAUAGCACAGAGUUGCUCUGGACUUCCCCCGGUCUGUGCAGGAGUAAAAGCCAGUACACCACCCGGAGAAAGCCAUCUCGGCUCUUCAUCUUUGCUACAGAAAGGACAGUCUCAGACUUCACCAGAUGACAGGUCUGAUCCUUCGACUCCAGAGAUGAGACAGAGUCACUCUGCAUCUCCGUCUCUGCAGAGUAAGUCUCAGACAUCGAAGGGUGGCCAGUCCAGUUCCUCAUCUCCAGUUGCUGAUCUGGCACUCAGAUCUCCAAAGAGGCUAGAUAGAAAUGAACUGUCAGUAAGUCCUGGGCUGAAAUCUGGAAUGUCUCCUGAGCAGAGCAUGGCACAGUCUGACUCUUCCCUUUAUCCUGCAGUGGACACUAAAUCUUUUCUGGGGCAGAGUAGAUUGGAGCCCUCUCCUGAACUGAGAGAAAAAACAAGCCUCCUCUUGCAGGAAGAUAUCACUGCCUCUUCUCCUAAAGGCAGAGAUAAAUUGAGCCCUCUGCCACAGGAUAGCUUGGAGUUCUCACCGGUACUCAAAGACACAUCUAGAACUCCAUCGAGAGAGAGAGCUGGUGUUGGGUCAUCUCCUCAUGUAAGAGACCAAAGUAUAAGUAAGCCAAGCCAGGAUGAGUCGAUGGAGGUGAUAGAGAAGUUUGAAGAUUCCUCCAGCCAGAUGCCACCUCAUUUGUCUCCAGAACACAAGGAAAUGACUGGAAGUAACUUGGAGUCUUCUCCUGAGCCUGAUGAAAGGCCUGCUGUGUCUUUGACUUUUAACCAAAGUCAGUCGCAGACUGCUUUGGAAGCAGCAGUUCCUGCAGUGGCUUCCACUUGGAGUGGGCCACAUUUUUCUCCAGAACAUAAAGAACUGUCUAACUCCCCUGCCAGGGAGAAUAGCUUUGGAUCACCGUUAGGAUUUAGGAAUUCGGGUUCUUUUGCAGAAGUGAGUAGUGCUUUUUCUCCGGAGGUUAAAGAAGAUUUGAAUGGACCUUAUCCUAAUCAGCCAGAGACAGACCCAGCUCUAGAUGUGAAAGAACAAUCAGCAAGGUCUUCCAGACGCAGCAGUUCUGAGUUAUCCCCAGAGGCAGGUGAAAAGGCUGGAAUAUCGUCCAAUCAAAGCGCCUCUUCACCUGUACAUGAUGCUGUGCCCAGAACCCCCUCAAGGGAAAGAAGUAGUUCUGCAUCUUCUCCUGAACUGAAAGACGGUUUACCUAGAACUCCUUCGAGGAGAAGCAGGUCAGGGUCUUCCCCAGGACUCAGAGAUGGGUCUCGGACGCCCUCAAGGCAGAGUUUGUCAGGGUCCUCCCCUGGAAUGAAAGACAUACCCAGAACACCUUCCAGGGGCAGGAGUGAAUGUGACUCUUCUCCAGAGCCAAAAGCUUUGCCUCAGACUCCUAGACCAAGGAGUCGCUCUCCGUCAUCUCCAGAACUGAACAAGGGUCUUAGCCCUCGGAGAGAAAGAAGUGGGUCAGAGUCAUCAAGUGAGCAGAAGACUGUGGCUCGGACUCCUCUUGGGCAGAGAAGUCGGUCUGGGUCUUCUCAAGAACUUGACGGGAAACCCAGUGCUUCCCCGCAGGAAGGAAGCGAGUCCGAUUCCUCUCCAGAUUCUAAGGCCAAGGCCCGAACGCCGCUGCGCCAGAGGAGUCGCUCUGGGUCCUCAUCACCAGAGGUGGACAGCAAAUCUCGACCCUCUCCGCAGCGUAGUCAGUCGGGUUCAUCCCCUGAAGUUAAAGAGAAGCCACGGGUAGUACCCAGGGCACAGAGCGGUUCUGAUUCCUCUCCUGAGCCCAAGGUUCUGACCCCGAGGGCCCUCCCCAGACGAAGCAGGUCCGGUUCAUCGAGCAAAGGCAGAGGUCUUUCUCCUGAAGGAAGCAGUAGUUCUGAGUCAUCUCCAGAACACCCACCCAAAUCCAGAACUGCCAGGAGAAGUGCUCGGUUGUCCCCAGAGCCAAAGACCAAGGGUCGGACUCCACCUCGCCGGCGCAGCUCUCGCUCAUCUCCUGAGCUGACUAGGAAGGCGCGACUCUCCCGUAGAAGCCGCUCUGCUUCAUCCUCGCCAGAGACACGCUCUAGAACGCCCCCGCGCCGCCGGAGGAGCCCUUCAGUGUCUUCCCCAGAGCCAGCCGAAAAGUCUCGGUCUUCACGCAGGCGGCGAUCGGCAUCAUCUCCACGCGCUAAAACGACUUCAAGGAGAGGCCGUUCUCCUUCACCCAAGCCUCGUGGGCUCCAGAGGUCCCGGUCCCGCUCAAGGAGAGAGAGAACCAGAGCAGCCCGGCGGCGAGAUAGAUCUGGAUCCUCUCAGUCUACCUCUCGGAGAAGACAGCGGAGCCGCUCAAGGUCUCGGGUUACUCGGAGGCGGAGAGGGGGUUCUGGUUACCAUUCCCGGUCUCCUGCUCGGCAGGAGAGUUCCCGAACUUCUUCCCGACGCCGGAGAGGCCGCUCUCGAACACCCCCAGCCAGGAAGCGUUCCCGCUCACGCACAUCACCAGCCCCAUGGAAACGCUCCAGGUCUCCAGCCACUCACCGCCGUUCCAGGUCCAGAACCCCCCUGGUCAGCAGGCGGCGGUCCAGGUCUCGGACCUCACCAGUCAGUCGCAGACGAUCAAGAUCGAGAACAUCGGUGACUCGGAGGAGGUCUCGGUCCAGAGCGUCCCCAGUGAGCCGAAGACGAUCUCGAUCCAGAACACCACCAGUAACGCGCCGUCGUUCAAGGUCCAGAACACCUGCUCGCCGCCGCUCCCGUUCCCGAACUCCGGUGGUGACUCGCAGGAGAUCCCGAUCAAGGACGCCAGCAGUAACCAGGCGGCGAUCUCGAAGCAGAACCUCGCCUAUAGCUCGAAGACGAUCAAGAUCCAGAACAUCCCCGGUCACGAGGAGGAGAUCUCGGUCGCGCACCUCUCCGGUGACGCGGCGGAGGUCUCGCUCUCGAACUUCUCCAGUGACACGCCGUCGAUCUAGGUCCCGAACACCUCCAGCUAUUCGACGCCGUUCGAGGUCUCGCACCCCGCUGUUGCCACGCAAACGGUCUCGAAGUCGUUCACCACUUGCCAUUCGUCGCCGUUCCAGAUCCCGAACUCCACGAACAACACGAGGCAAGCGGUCCUUAACAAGGUCUCCUCCCGCCAUCCGCAGGCGUUCUGCAUCUGGAAGUAGUUCUGAUCGAUCACGUUCAGUUACGCCCCCAGCGACGAGGAAUCAUUCUGGUUCUCGGACCCCUCCAGUUGCACUCAGUUCUAGAAUGAGCUGUUUCAGUCGUCCUAGUAUGUCACCAACUCCGCUGGACCGCUGUAGAUCACCUGGAAUGCUUGAACCCCUCGGCAGUUCCAGAACACCCAUGUCUGUCCUGCAGCAAACUGGUGGCUCCAUGAUGGAUGGUCCCGGGCCCCGAAUUCCCGAUCACCCGAGGUCCUCUGUGCCGGAAAAUCAUGCUCAGUCUAGAAUUGCACUGGCCCUCACAGCGAUCAGUCUUGGCACUGCUCGGCCUCCUCCGUCCAUGUCUGCUGCGGGCCUUGCUGCGAGAAUGUCCCAGGUUCCAGCUCCAGUACCUCUCAUGAGUCUCCGAACGGCCCCAGCGGCCAGCCUUGCCAGCAGGAUUCCUGCAGCCUCUGCCGCAGCUAUGAACCUGGCCAGCGCCAGAACACCGGCCAUCCCAGCAGCAGUCAACCUGGCUGACUCGAGAACGCCCGCGGCGGCGGGAGCCAUGAACUUGACCAGUCCCAGAACAGCGGUGGCACCUUCAGCUGUGAACCUUGCUGAUCCGCGCACUCCCACGAGCCCAGCUGUGAAUCUGGCCGGAGCCAGAACCCCAGCUGCUUUGGCAGCUUUGAGUCUCACGGGUUCUGGCACCCCGCCGACUACUGCAAACUACCCUUCUAGCUCCAGAACACCCCAGGCACCAGCCCCUGCAAACUUGGUGGGUCCUAGGUCUGCCCACGCCGCCGCUCCUGUGAACAUCGCCAGCUCAAGAACCCCGUCAGCGUUGGCUCCUGCUCGAAUGGCGCCAGCCCUGUCUGGUGCCAACCUCACUAGCCCCAGGGUGUCCCUAUCUGCCUACGAGCGUGUUAGUGGCAGAACCUCCCCGCCACUCCUUGACCGAGCUAGGUCCAGAACCCCGCCACCUAUCGCCAGUCAGUCUAGAAUGCCCUCUGAGCGAGCUCCUUCUCCUGCCUCUCGAAUGCUUCAGGCUUCC